AUGGCUGAUAAACAGAUCAGUCUGCCUGCCAAGCUGAUCAAUGGAGGGAUAGCUGGGCUCAUCGGGGUCACCUGCGUGUUUCCCAUUGACCUGGCAAAAACUCGCCUGCAGAACCAGCAGAAUGGCCAGCGGUUGUACACCAGCAUGUCUGACUGCCUCGUUAAAACAAUCCGGUCGGAGGGCUACUUCGGCAUGUACAGAGGGGCUGCAGUGAACUUGACUCUAGUGACACCAGAAAAGGCCAUCAAACUGGCAGCCAAUGACUUCUUCCGGCAUCACCUCUCCAAAGACGGGAAAAAGCUGACGUUGCUGAGGGAGAUGCUGGCGGGCUGCGGCGCGGGGACCUGCCAGGUGAUUGUCACCACUCCCAUGGAGAUGCUAAAAAUCCAGCUGCAGGACGCGGGGCGAAUUGCGGCGCAGAAGAAGCUGAUGGCAGCACAGGCCCAGCUCUCCUCUUCCUCGGCGCCCGGGGCGGCCGAGCCGGUGGUGGAACGCCGCACCACGGCGACGCAGAUCACCAGGGAGCUGCUGCGGAGCAAAGGCAUCGCGGGACUCUACAAGGGCCUGGGAGCCACGCUGCUGAGGGACGUCCCGUUCUCCAUCGUUUACUUCCCGCUCUUCGCCAACCUGAACAAGCUGGGCCAGAAGGACCCCAACGUCAAGGCUCCGUUCUACGUGUCCUUCCUCUCCGGGUGUGUGGCCGGCAGCACAGCCGCUGUGGCCGUCAACCCUUGCGAUGUGAUCAAAACGCGGCUGCAGUCCUUGCAGCGGGGAGUGAACGAGGACACCUACUCAGGAAUCCUGGACUGCACUAAGAAGAUCUGGCAGAAGGAAGGGCCCGCGGCCUUCCUGAAAGGGGCGUACUGCCGCGCCCUCGUCAUCGCCCCUCUCUUCGGCAUCGCACAAGUUGUCUACUUCAUCGGCAUCGCCGAGUUCCUGCUGGACAUGCUCCCCAAGCACCGGGGUGCCUAG